CUAUUUUUAGAUUUGAAAGGAUAAUUUAUGCGAUGUUUACGUGAGUCAGUUGCAGGUUGCAGGUUGCACUCUAGUUCUCGUUUUUGCAUUGCAUUGUGUUGUUUUUUUUACUUAGCGUAGCGGUAGCUGUUAUUAUAAUUUAUAUAUAACAGCCAACAGCAUCAAGAAAGAAUGGAUCAUCCAGAUUGGAGAAAUCAGUGUGAUGGGAAAGGGAAACCUACGCCUUUGGACCAGUUAUCAACUGCCAGCAAUUCCAGAGGGGAUUUGGAGCAUGAAGAGCAAGAGGUAGAAAUAGAAAUGUCAGAUUUCGAUUCUGUGGCUGAAACGGGACCAAUAAUGUCUGGUACUAGUCGACUUGAUCCCCAAACCCCUCCCAAGACUAGAAAUCUUAAACGACGUUGUUAUUUCAAUAAGGAAUGGCAAAAGAAGUUUUCAUGGAUAAAACCAGCAUCUAGUAACACUGAUGCAUAUUGCAAAAUUUGUUGCAACUCUUUUACAGUGAGUUUUAUGGGAAUAUCGGCUGUUAUCAAACACAGUCAACCUCCUUGCAUACGAAGAAAUUAUCCGCAGGAACAAGAUCACAGCUUCUGGAUAAAUUUGUGGUAAAAAAAGACACAAAAGAGGAAUUAAAAAUUAUUUUAGCCGAAAUCUGUAAAAUUUACCAUACGGUAAAACAUAAUCAGUCUUACAAUGGAUUAGAUUGUUGUAUAAAGUUAGAU